AUACAGUUAUAAAAGGCAGGAAGGUCGCGAACGAAGGUGGAAAUGGCAAGGUCAUGAAGAAAGAAGGCAAAGGAAGACCGGGAGCAGGAGGGAGGCAAGGCAAUGCAAAUUGUGAUCCAAGACCUCGCUGUGAUCGAAACAACGGCACCUGCGUCGAGCGGCCGUGCUCUUCGGCUGAAACUACCCUCCCCGGCGGUUGUCGCGGCUCCGACUGCACCUGCUGUGUUAGAGGAUGCAUUCCACGCUCCCGUUGCAACAGGAGGCAAGGGACGUGCGUAAAACGAGAAUGCAACGCGAAUGAAAAGUUGAUCAAGAAUGCGUGCAAGGGCAGGGACACAGACUGCAAUUGCUGCGCGCCACAACAACCUUGCAAGACGCGUAAAAAAUGUUCCCGCCUAAAUGGGGAAUGCGUGCCGCAGGGAGAGUGCCAGGAAACCGAGGAAUUCCAGGGCGGCUGUUCGAAAGGAUGCGUGUGUUGCGGCGCGGAUUGCCCUGCCCGACGUAGGUGUAAAGAGAAAGGAGGUGUUUGUGGCAAGGAAGAUUGCGGUGCCGGCGAGAGGGAAAUUCCUGGAGGCUGCAAAAACAAAGCCUGCAAAUGUUGCGCCAGCGGUUGCACAGACACCAAUAAAUGUAAGGAAUGGGGUGGAACUUGCACGCAGCCAGGAGAGUGCCAGUUCGACAACGUGGAUGAAAAGGGUUGCAAGAAGAAGGAAGGGUGUGUUUGUUGCACAGAGGGUUGCAGACCCAAAGCGAAGUGCGCGAGGCGAGGAGGGGAGUGCGUUGAGGGCAAGUGCGGCAACAACGCCAAGGAGAUCAAAAACGGGUGCCUGAAGUCCACCUGUUCCUGCUGCGCUCCCAUCGAGGGCUGCAAGGAGUCGACCAAGUGCGAGAACAGGGGGGGCACGUGCGUCACGGCGUCCGAGUGCGACGACCAAGGUGCCAAGAGGAGGGGCUGCGGCAAAGGCUGCGUGUGCUGUAACGAAGAUGAUUCCAGUGGCGGCAGCUGCAAGGACUCAACCAAAUGCAAGAACAAGGGAGGCACCUGCGCCAAGAAAGCCGACUGCGAUGACCAAGGCGCCAAGAGGACGGGCUGCGGUAAAGGGUGUGUGUGCUGCAACGCAGAUGGUGGUACCGAUAAUGUAAACUGCGAAACUGUUGACAAGUGCUCGAACAAAGGAGGGACAUGCGUCAAGGCUGCCAACUGCAACGUUGCAAAUGCUAAGAGGAGAGGUUGCGCCAAAGGAUGUCUAUGUUGCAUCGAAGACACAGGCCCAGUUUGCGCGGCGGACAGCAAAUGCCCGGGAGACUGCAAGGAAAAUUGUUCAACAAAUGAAUUUGAAAUUCAAAACGCCUGCAGUAAUAAUUGCAAAUGUUGCGUUCCUUUCCCUACGAGUUGCAAGGCGUCGCCGAACACCUGCAAGGGAAAGUGCGUCGACACGAGAGAAUGCAAAGCUGUCGACUUAAUUUCCAACUCCACCUGUGAUGACGUCGGCUGCUCAUGCUGUCUAGACUGCACCAUAGGGGCCAACUGCACAGCUCAGAGAGGCGUCUGUCGCCAGAACUGUUUGGCCACAGAAUCGGAAUUUUCCAAUGGAUGCACGGGCUUCAAUUGCAAAUGCUGUAUCCCUCCCAACGAAACUUGCCCGGCCACACCUACCACUUGCAAAGGAAAGUGUACCGACGACCGGGCGUGUGGUAUAAGUGAUCGUAUUGCGAAUUCCUCUUGUACCGGACAAUUUUGUACAUGUUGCACGGACUGCGCUCAACUGACCAACUGUACCACGGAAAGAGGAGCCUGUCGCCAAAACUGCUUGACUGGAGAAUCAGUAAUUACAAAUGGAUGUUCGGGCUUCAACUGCAAGUGUUGUAGUCCAGCUGAUGCAACGUGCCCGGCCACACCUGCCACCUGCAAGGGAAUGUGUAAGGACAUUCGACGGUGCGCUGCAGCUGACCGCAUUGCCAAUUCAACAUGCACCGGAGAAUUCUGUACUUGCUGCAUAAACUGCACUAAGCAAGCCAACUGCACCGCGGAAAGAGGAGAAUGUCGCCAGAACUGCUUGGCUGGAGAAUCAGAAAUUACGAAUGGAUGUUUGGGCUUCAAUUGCAAGUGUUGUAGUCCAGCUAAUGCAACGUGCCCGGCCACACCUGCCACCUGCAAGGGAAUGUGUAAGGACAGUAGGCGGUGCGCUGCAGCUGACCGCAUUGCCAAUUCAACAUGCACCGGAGAAUUCUGUACUUGUUGCAUAAGCUGCACUAAGCAAGCCAACUGCACCGCGGAAAGAGGAGAAUGUCGCCAGAACUGCUUGACUGGAGAAUCAGAAAUUACGAAUGGAUGUUCGGGCUUCAACUGCAAGUGUUGUAGUCCAGCUAAUGCAACGUGCCCGGCCACACCUGCCACCUGCAAGGGAAUGUGUAAGGACAGUAGGCGGUGCGCUGCAGCUGACCGCAUUGCCAACUCAAACUGCACCGGAGAAUUCUGUACUUGCUGCAUAGACUGCACUAAGCAAGCCAACUGCACCGCGGAAAGAGGAGAAUGUCGCCAGAACUGCUUGACUGGAGAAUCAGAAAUUACGAAUGGAUGUUCGGGCUUCAACUGCAAGUGUUGUAGUCCAGCUAAUGCAACGUGCCCGGCCACACCUGCCACCUGCAGGGGAAUGUGUAAGGACAGUCGACGGUGCGCUGCAGCUGACCGCAUUGCCAACUCAAACUGCACCGGAGAAUUUUGCACGUGCUGCAUAAAUUGCAAUCCGCUAAGCAAUUGCACCGCUGAAAGGGGCGUUUGCAAACAGACUUGCGCACAAGGCGAAACGGAAAUUAACAACGGAUGUUCAGGCUUCGGUUGCAAAUGUUGCGCUCCUCCUCCUGCAACCUGCCCUGCCACAUCCACAUGCCUGGGAAAGUGUAUCGAUUCCAGAGAGUGUAAUACAACUAACGUCAUAACUGGUUCAACAUGCACUGGUGAAAACUGUAUCUGUUGCUUGGAUUGCACUCGACGAGCCAAUUGCAUUGCUCAAAAUGGCGUUUGCAAGCAGACUUGUGUACAAGGUGAAACGGAAGUUAACAACGGAUGUUCAGGCUUCGGUUGCAAAUGUUGUGCUCCUCCUCGUGCAACCUGCCCUGCCACAGCCACUUGCCAGGGACAGUGUGUGGACUUCAGGGAGUGUGAUAACCUUAUAACAGGUUCCUGUAAUGGAGCAAAUUGUGUCUGUUGCCUGGAAUGCACUCCACAGGCCACUUGCACUGAUCAAAGGGGCGUUUGCAAGCAGACUUGCGCACAAGGCGAAACGGAAAUUAACAACGGGUGUUCAGGCGCCGGUUGCAAAUGUUGCGCUCCUCCUCCUGCAACCUGCCCUGCCACAGCCACAUGCCCGGGAAAGUGUGUGGAUUCCAGGCAGUGUAAUGACGUUAUAUCAGGUUCAUCCUGUAAUGGAGCAAAUUGUGUCUGUUGCCGCGAAUGCACUCCACAGGCCACUUGCACUGAUCAAAGGGGCGUUUGCAAGCAGACUUGCGCACAAGGCGAAACGGAAAUUAACAACGGGUGUUCAGGCGCCGGUUGCAAAUGUUGCACUCCUCCUCCUGCAACCUGCCCUGCCACAGCCACAUGCCCGGGAAAGUGUGUGGAUUCCAGGCAGUGUAAUGACGUUAUAUCAGGUUCAUCCUGUAAUGGAGCAAAUUGUGUCUGUUGCCGCGAAUGCACUCCACAGGCCACUUGCACUGAUCAAAGGGGCGUUUGCAAGCAGACUUGCGCACAAGGCGAAACGGAAAUUAACAACGGGUGUUCAGGCGCCGGUUGCAAAUGUUGCGCUCCUCCUCCUGCAACCUGCCCUGCCACAGCCACAUGCCCGGGAAAGUGUGUGGAUUCCAGGCAGUGUAAUGACGUUAUAUCAGGUUCAUCCUGUAAUGGAGCAAAUUGUGUCUGUUGCCGCGAAUGCACUCCACAGGCCACUUGCACUGAUCAAAGGGGCGUUUGCAAGCAGACUUGCGCACAAGGCGAAACGGAAAUUAACAACGGGUGUUCAGGCGCCGGUUGCAAAUGUUGCACUCCUCCUCCUGCAACCUGCCCUGCCACAGCCACAUGCCCGGGAAAGUGUGUGGAUUCCAGGCAGUGUAAUGACGUUAUAUCAGGUUCAUCCUGUAAUGGAGCAAAUUGUGUCUGUUGCCGCGAAUGCACUCCACAGGCCACUUGCACUGAUCAAAGGGGCGUUUGCAAGCAGACUUGCGCACAAGGCGAAACGGAAAUUAACAACGGGUGUUCAGGCGCCGGUUGCAAAUGUUGCACUCCUCCUCCUGCAACCUGCCCUGCCACAGCCACAUGCCCGGGAAAGUGUGUGGAUUCCAGGCAGUGUAAUGACGUUAUAUCAGGUUCAUCCUGUAAUGGAGCAAAUUGUGUCUGUUGCCGCGAUUGCACUCCACAGGCCACUUGCACUGAUCAAAGGGGCGUUUGCAAGCAGACUUGCGCACAAGGCGAAACGGAAAUUAACAACGGGUGUUCAGGCGCCGGUUGCAAAUGUUGCGCUCCUCCUCCUGCAACCUGCCCUGCCACAGCCACAUGCCCGGGAAAGUGUGUGGAUUCCAGGCAGUGUAAUGACGUUAUACCAGGUUCAUCCUGUAAUGGAGCAAAUUGUGUCUGUUGCCGCGAAUGCACUCCACAGGCCACUUGCACUGAUCAAAGGGGCGUUUGCAAGCAGACUUGCGCACAAGGCGAAACGGAAAUUAACAACGGGUGUUCAGGCGCCGGUUGCAAAUGUUGCGCUCCUCCUCCUGCAACCUGCCCUGCCACAGCCACAUGCCCGGGAAAGUGUGUGGAUUCCAGGCAGUGUAAUGACGUUAUAUCAGGUUCAUCCUGUAAUGGAGCAAAUUGUGUCUGUUGCCGCGAAUGCACUCCACAGGCCACUUGCACUGAUCAAAGGGGCGUUUGCAAGCAGACUUGCGCACAAGGCGAAACGGAAAUUAACAACGGGUGUUCAGGCGCCGGUUGCAAAUGUUGCGCUCCUCCUCCUGCAACCUGCCCUGCCACAGCCACAUGCCCGGGAAAGUGUGUGGAUUCCAGGCAGUGUAAUGACGUUAUAUCAGGUUCAUCCUGUAAUGGAGCAAAUUGUGUCUGUUGCCGCGAAUGUGAAAUCCAGGCGAAUUGCUCUGCCAGAGGAGGCUCUUGCAAGCAGACCUGUGCAGCCAACGAAAUUGAAAUACCUAAUGGCUGCACGGGAACAAACUGCCUGUGUUGCAUGCCCAUAGCCAACCUUGUCUGCCAAGCUAACCAGACAACCUGCGAGGGUACCUGUAUGGACUCCCUAACUUGCGAUCAAGAGAUAGCUAACAUGACAUGCAAUGAGACGAACUGCCAGUGCUGCCGCGAUUGCAAUCCUCUUCAAGUCUGCCAAGAAUUGUCCGGUGAAUGUAGUCAUAGACCAUCGGGUGACUGUCCAACUGAUCUAGUCAAGAUUCCGAAUGGGUGCUCCGGCUUUGAAUGCACAUGCUGCGUCACAACGUCUGGGUUGCUGAGCUGUCCGCCAUCACCUACUUGCCCUGGGAGAUGCAGAGACGCGCGUGUGUGUCCGGUGCAGUUGACGAACACACUCUGCUCUACGGCUGGGUGUGUAUGCUGCCUCGAUUGCAACGACAUUUCCUGCUCGCAAAUGAACGGUGUGUGUCGCGAGAGAGGCCAAUGUCUACCUGGUGAAACCCAACAAACCAACAACGCAUGCAGAGGGAAUAGAUGUGUCUGCUGCACAAAAUAAGGCUGAGAAAUAGAGAACGAGAGAGCUGCAUUACUAAAUUCAAGUAAACUAUAUUCUUCAGAUCAACUGCAUGAGAUCAUUAGACAAUGUAGACACUGACACCAAAUCCAUAUGUAAAAUGACAACACCUUCACUCUUUUCUGAAUUAUUCUUUCGAGUCAUCUGCAAUGCCAGCGG